AUGUUUUUUACUACAACCAAAGCAGCCAGCGCUUUAUUGCGUUCAACGGCAGCAGUAACACGACGUACUGUCAGCAGCGGUUACGAUUCCACAGUCAAUAAUCUCAGAAUCAACAAGGAUACCAAAGUCAUUUGCCAAGGUUUUACUGGCAAGCAGGGUACGUUUCACUCAGGACAAGCUAUUGAAUACGGAACACGAAUGGUGGGCGGCACCUCACCCAAGAAAGCUGGACAGACACACUUGGGUCUUCCCGUGUUUGGCAGUGUCAAAGAGGCCGUUAAAGAGGUCCAACCUGAUGCCAGUGUGAUCUAUGUGCCUCCUCCCGGUGCAGCAGCUGCCAUUAUGGAAUCCAUUGAGAACGAAAUCGGACUUGUCGUGGCCAUCACGGAAGGUAUACCCAUCCAUGACAUGACCCGAGUUAAGCAGGCGCUCUUGACGCAAAACAAGACGCGAUUGGUGGGUCCCAACUGCCCUGGUAUCAUUGCACCAGGUCAAUGCAAAAUCGGCAUUAUGCCCGGUCAAGUUCAUAUGGAAGGAUGCGUUGGCAUUGUCUCGCGUUCCGGCACCUUGACGUAUGAAGCUGUGAAUCAAACCACGCAAGCUGGAUUGGGGCAGAGUUUGGUUGUCGGUAUUGGUGGUGAUCCAUUGAAUGGUUCCAAUUUUAUCGACUGUUUGAAAAUCUUUUUGGAAGAUGAGAAAACGAAAGGUAUCAUCAUGAUCGGUGAAAUCGGUGGUUCUGCCGAAGAAGAGGCUGCUGCUUUCUUAAAGGAAUACAAUCUAAAGAGAUUGGAUCCCAAGCCCGUGGUUUCCUUCAUUGCUGGUGUGACCGCACCUCCUGGUCGUAGAAUGGGCCAUGCUGGCGCUAUCAUUUCCGGAGGCAAGGGUGGCGCACAGGACAAGAUAGGUGCAUUGAAAGAUGCUGGCGUUUUCGUGACGCCAUCUCCGGCUAGACUGGGCGUUGAGCUGAAACGGGCAAUGACUGAAGCUGGAUUGGUCUAA